CGUAUUCUAACAGGGAAAACGCCAUAGGACUGAACUACGUAUGAACAUUUUCACCGAACAAGAACAUGAACAAACGCCUUCAAUCUAAACAAAAGGCGUCUGAUAAAACCAACUGUGCAAUGAUCAGGGCUGUUUCACUCAUUUUCUAAGUAACAGGAACAACCAAAAACACGCUAACGCAGAGAUGCAGAGUGUGUCAGGUGGGAGGCACAGCAGGUCUGUUUCCCACGGUGUUUGGGUGGUGCUGCUGUGCGUCGCUGCUUUACUCCUCUGUAAUGUCAUCAUCUACAUUUAUCUGGACUCCUUGGACCAAAGCGGUGGGCAGCAGAUGUCCUCUCCUUCGGGUUGUCUACCUCAGCAUUUCAAGAUGGUGACCAUGAAAAACUGCACCCCCUGGCUCCAGUGUGCACAGAUAAAGACUGAAGUACGCAAGCUGAAGCUGAUUGGCCAAGGGGCAGUGAAGAAGGUCUACUUGGCAGAAUGGAGGGCUCAGAAGGUGGCUCUGUCUGAACUGUCUUCUCUGGACUAUGAGGCAGAUUUUCUUCAUGGGUUGUCCAUGCUGCAGACCCUGCAGGGGCCCAGGGUGGUGCAGCUGGUGGGGUUUUGCCUUGACGACCAUGUGUUGGUCACAGAAUACCACCCCCUGGGGUCACUGCUGAAUCUGGACGAUGUUCUUGCACAAGAGCAGUACCAACAACACAACACCUGGCAGACCCGCCUGAGGCUGGCCAUGAACUACGUGUCCAUCCUCCAUUAUCUCCAUAACAGUCCAGCCGGGCGGAGGGUCAUGUGUGAUUCCAACAGUCUGGACAAAACUCUGUCUCAGUUUUUGUUGACCAAUAACUUCCACCUGGUCGUAAACGAUCUGGACGCGCUGCCUGAAGUGGACCGCAGCAGAGGACUGGUGGUCAAAUGUGGACACAGGGAACUCAGCGGGGACUUUGUGGCUCCAGAACAGCUCUGGCCCUUUUCAAGUACCGGGAAAAGCUUCUCAGACGACCUGAUGCCGGGGUACGACGAGAGGACGGACAUCUGGAAGAUCCCAGAUGUGACGCGGUUCCUGAUGGGAAGGGUACCAGGAGGAGAUCUGGUCCACUUCCACCUGUUUCAAAUCCACGAGGAAUGUAAAAAGACGAGCCCAGAGCUGCGUCCGUCAGCUCUGACUGUGUUGAACACCUACAGAUCAGUCUACAGCAGCAUGGUCCGGGACAGUUCUGGGCUCAGAGACAUGUUGUAGAGCACAGGUGUCCAACCCUGGUCCUCCAGAUCCACCAUCCUGCAUGUUUUAGAUGUUUCCCUCUUGCAGCACACCUGACAGUUGUUAUCAGUCUUCUGCAGAGCUUGAUCAUAGGCUGA